AUGACGGGAGCAAGCCUCGGCCCCGAGCAGAAUCGAUCUUUGGCGCACAGGGCUUGGCUCUGGACCUGGUGGUGGCUUACAGCCCGGGUUCCCGGUAAGAUUGUCGCCUCCGCCCACCACGAGGCGCCCUACAGGAUCCGAGUGCGGCCAAGAAGUCCGAAGUGGAAAUGA